GAUGCCAGUAGAAGCAAUUCUAACGUUUAAGUGUUUUCAUACGCAAGAACAUAACUAAAAUCUUAAAAACAGUAAACAUGAAGUUCGCCGUCGUUGUUGUCUUGCUUGCCUUGGCUUUGGGUGCUAACUGCUCCGUCUUUCCCUUUGGCCCAGUUGUCGUUGGUGGUCCACUUCCUGGCACCGUUGUUGUUGGUCAUCCCGGACCUUUCCCUCUUGUUGUUGGACCCGGACCAGUUCAAGUUGUCACCGGCCCAGUUCCAGUACCCCCAGUAGUUGUUGCCGGUCCAGGUGCCGUCUCCGUAUCUAAGACUCGUGGUGCUGUGCAUGUUGCUCCCCUGCCCGGACACUCUCAAUCUGUUGUACAAGCUAACUUGCAACCCGCUCCCGGCACUUGGUAAAUCGUUAGAAUUGCAUAGAAGUCUACCCAUCAAUUGAAAAGCAACGAAUUAUGGUCUUAUGUCUAGAGGCUCACACCGCUGGGUGUUCAAUGUAUACACAACGCUAGUGAAAAGCAAACAAAAAAAAAUCUUAAUUUACAACAAAGUACUUAACAUCUAUCACUUUAAAUUUCUAAAUAUUUUCUGUUAUUUCCUUAGUCAUUUACCUAUGUGAUAUUUUAGUCUAUUCUUUACUUAUAAGUGAUUUUCUUCUAAGUCACUUUUCAUCUUGUCAUGUCCUUUUUUCCUUUUCACCUAACAGUCUGUCUAUAUUAUUUGUUGUAAUCGAAAUUGAUGUUAUUCAAAAUGAUAUUAAUAAACGAAAUUGAUAAUUAUAUAAAAAUAA